AUAUCGUCUGACAUUUCUACGAAUAAUCUAGUCGUUUUGUGCUCCAUUUCCGGUCACUCAUUAUGACAAAUGAUUAAAUUCUUUUCUCACAUUUAUGUGAUAUCAAUAUUAUGAUAUCAAUUUUAAAAACAAACCAACUUUUUUUAAUAUCUGAAGGCUACAAAAAUAAAUAAAAAAAAAUAUAUAUAUAUGUUGUAAUUCUUUGGCUAUUGUGUGAUAAUAAAAAUAGAAUAAAAAUAAUAGUGGUGAUAAUAGUAAAAAAUGUUCAAGUUCCAAAUGACUACACCCGAAGAUCUCAAGGUCGCAGCUCGUAUUGAACACAAACGUCAAAUUGAUGAAGCAAGAAAAUUAAGAAUUUUCAAUCCACGAACACGACGUAUUGGAAUAGAUAAGGAAUUCCUGGACAAGCAAAUUAUUGAAAAACAGACUUUACGUCAGCUUGAAAAAGAAAAAGAAUGGCGAAUGGAUGAGGCACUUGUGCGCAGCAGUCAAUUAGCAUUGUUACUAGAAAAUCGUAAAAAUGAGGCCCAAAGAUGUAAAAUAAAAGAGCUCAAUGAUUACCGUAAGAUUUAUCAACGUCCUGAAGAUACACGUGAUUUUGAUUUGAAUGAUCCAGAUCAAUUAAAAAAAUCUCUACCAGCUAGGGUUGAUGAUGAUGAUCCUCGAAUUGGACUUUCUUCAGCUCAAAAAUUUGAAGGUGAAGAUAUUAAUCAAGCUGAAAGACUUAAAUUGCAAAAAGAACAAAUGCAAGCUUGGUUGAUGCAGCAAGUACAUGAACGACGUGCUAGUGAACGUGAACGUCAGUAUGCUGAUGAAUCAUAUGACAAUGCAGUUGUAUCAAGAGAUAGACGUGCAAUUACACUUGAUAUUAUGGAAAAAAAUUGUCAACGACAUUUAAAUGAAGCUGUUGCACAAUUUAAUCAAAGACUUGCAGAAGAACAAGAAGAUCGUAAACGAUUUGAGAAUAUAAAAGACGAGGAAGAUAAACGUGCUGAAAUUUAUAAUCAUGUUACUGGUGAUUUUUUAACUGAAGCCAAAGAACAAGCUAAUAGCAUUCGUGGUCCUAAUAAACCACUUGCUGAUCGUUACAAAGGAAUGACUAGUGAUGAAUUAAAAAAUAUAUGGAAUGAACAAGCACAACAAAUGGAACAAAUAAAAAAAAUUAAAAAUGAAGAAAAAAAUAUUAAUAAAAAAUGGGAUGAUCUUAUGAGAUCUAAUGCACAAGCUGCUGAAUUUUAUCAACGUGAUUUGGAUUUUAAAAAAUUACAAAUAAGUAAGCAAAUUGCUGAAGAAAAUAUGCGUCUUGCUGAGGAACAAAAAUCACGUCAAGAUUAUCUUAAUAAAAACAUUUACAAACGUGAACAUAUGCCUGAUUUUUUUGAUCAAUUUAAUAACACUGCUCGUUAAAGUUUAUUGACAUUUGAAAUCAUGAAAUUUGUAUGUUUUUAAUUUAAUAAAAUCAUGGAAAUAUAUUUA